AUGUCACUCGCACACACAGCUGCAGAGUACAUGCUAUCAGAUGCCCUGCUGCCCGACCGUAGGGGACCCCGCCUCAAAGGACUGCACCUGGAACUUCCCCUGGACCGCAUGGUCAAGUUCAUAACUGUGGGCUUCCCCUUGUUGCUGAUGUCCCUAGCAUUUGCCCAGGAGUUCUCUUCCGGGCCCCCCAUCCGAUGCUUCUCUCCCAGUAACUUCAGCAUCCGGCAGGCCGCCUACGUGGACGGUUCCUGCUGGGACUCACUUAUUCACCACGAACAGGAUGAGCUUGGCCAGAACAAGAUGAAAUCCCUGUGGCCUCACAAGGCCCUGCCCUACUCCCUGCUGGCCUUGGCUGUGGUCAUGUACCUGCCUGUUCUGCUGUGGCAGUAUGCAGCCCAGCCGGCCCUCAGCUCGGAUCUGCUCUUCAUCAUCAGCGAACUGGACAAAUCCUACAAUCGUUCCAUCCGCCUGGUGCAGCACAUGUUGAAGAUCCGGCAGAAAAGCUCAGACCCCCAUGUUUUCUGGGAUGAGCUGGAGAAGGCUCGGAAAGAACGAUACUUUGAAUUCCCCUUGCUAGAGCGGUACCUGGCCUGUAAGCAGCGCUCACAUUCCCUGGUGGCCACCUACCUCCUGAGGAACUCCCUCCUGCUCCUCUUCACCUCAGCCAUCUACCUGUACCUUGGCCACUUCCACCUGGAUGUCUUCUUCCAAGAGGAAUUCAGCUGUUCCAUCAAGACAGGCCUCCUAAGUGAUGAGACCCACGUGCCCCAUCUGAUCACAUGCAGGCUGACCUCUCUGUCCAUUUUGCAAAUUGUUAGUCUCUCCAGUUUAACAAUAUACACCCUAUUGGUUCCAGUGAUAAUAUACAACCUCACACGACUAUGUCGGUGGGACAAACGGCUCCUAUCCAUCUAUGAGAUGCUGCCAGCUUUCGAUCUCCUCAGCAGAAAGAUGCUGGGAUGCCCCAUCAAUGAUCUCAAUGUGAUCCUCCUUUUCCUCCGAGCCAACAUCUCUGAACUCAACUCUUUUAGUUGGUUGAGUGUCUUAUGUGUUUUGAAGGACACGACCACCCAGAAGCACAACAUUGACACAGUGGUCGAUUUCAUGACAUUAUUGGCUGGCUUAGAACCCACAAAACCUAAACAUCUCACCCAAAGGGUGUGUGAUGAAAAUCCCUAG